AUGUCUCAAUAUGAAGAGUAUAAUUCUACUAUUACAGAAUCUACAACUGAGUCUUCAUAUUUCACCAAUAAUAGUAAUGAAUUCUUAACUGAUUUGUCACCUGUCACUCACAAUCUACUUAAAGAUAUUGAAUCAAUCUCUAAUAGGAUGGAACAUAUUAAAAUUAACAGUACUUUAGCUUGUUUUGUGGAAUAUUUAAAUAGUGAAUUUUCUUUAUUGCAAGAAGAUAUUAAAGAUCCUAUUGUCGUGAAGACAAAGGAGAGACCAAGUGGUACUAAAUGUAAGAAAACAGGUGCUGAGCAUGCAAUUAAAAAA